AUGGAAAGAAUUUCAAGAAAUACCAAAUCAAUAACUUACAACAUUUCCAAAAUUUUCAUUUCAGUAUGUACUGCUUUAGAUUGCAAGGAAAAGGAUGGCAAAUAUGCUUCUCCAGAUCAAUGUGAUGCCUAUAUUCAAUGCAUUGAUGGCGUUGCCGAAGAAAAACUCUGUCCCGAUGGUUUGCUCUUCACUCAACUUUCCGAACACAAAGGUGACUGCACUUACAAGCCAUUCUCAUCAUGUGUUGAGCCAAGAACCCGACUUCAACCAGCUAAUGCCAGCGAUGAGUGCCCUCGUCAGUUUGGAUUUUUCAAGCUAGGUGAUGCUGCACAUUGUGAUACCUACAAAAAUUGUGCCCAUGGUGUUGCUACAUUGUCAAAAUGCCAAGAGGGAUUGGCAUUCAAUUCGGACACUUAUCAAUGCGGUUACCCUGAUUUGGUAGAUGACUGUGAUGCUGAAGCAUUUUUGGGCUUCACUUGUCCACCUGUGGAAAAGACUGAGGAUGAAAUUGAAGCUGGAUUAGUAGAAUUUGUGCGUUCAUAUCAAAGUCCAGAAAACUGUCGUAAAUAUUUUAUUUGCACAAAUGAAGUUCCAAGAUUGUAUUCGUGUCACAAGGGUAUGGCUUUCAAUGAAGAAACUGGAUUGUGUGACUUCCGUGACCACGUACCAGGUUGUUAA